AUGACUUCCGACGAAAAGCUCACCCUCGUCCAGGCAAUCAUCGAGACCACAGACAAGCAUGACUUCGUAUCUCCCCAGCUGUUCGCUGACUCUGCUUCCCAACGAGAAAGACAAGAGGUGGAAGCCGCCCGGACAUAUAUCCUUCAGCAAGCCUUUCCUACCAUCCAGACCCUUACGCCCCUGUGUAACACAAAAGCUCUGAGCUACACAAUACGGCUAGAUACGGUUGGUAGCUUCCUGAAGCCGCAGCCUCACAUGCUCAUCACCCAAGAUCCGGGAGGCCUCCACGUUGCGGAAGUCAAUUUCCAUACCCACGGCUACGACACUACAAUCGUUUACAAGGACGUCGGCAUCAGCCAGAGACUUGCUUUACAAAAUCUACAAGAACAGAACUUCGAAUGUUUGAUCAAUGGCAAGCCACAUCUGUGGCACCCCCUUGGUCCUAGUAAAAGCGUAUUUGAGUUGACAGAGGAAGCAAAAAAGAGGGUCGCGCUGUUCGUAUACGCGGAGGGUAUGGCUCAAAGAACAGGCUCUACUUCGGCCAAUGGUAUGCCUGUCCAGGAACAAAAGAUAGGAGAAGUGCAUGUCAUGGAAGACUUCUUGCAUGAGCCAGUCGCACUGCAGCAGACACUUUUCUCCGCUAUUGUGGUCGUUGAGCAAGCAAAGAGGAGGGCGACUAGUAUAGCGAGCUGGGUGCCCCCUCCGGCAAGCAAAACACAUUUUCCAGGACGGCGCCGAAGUAGACAGGAUGGUAAGAGUAUGUAG